AUGAGGAACUUCACAGAGUUCUUGUUGACAGCGUUCUCUGAUGACAGGAUGCUCCAGAAGCUCUGCGCCAUGCUCCUCUCCCUAAUUUACCUGUUAGCCCUGACAGGGAACCUCCUCAUCAUUGUCCUCACCAGCACUACCCAGCAUCUCCAGUCUCCCUUGUACUUCUUCCUGAGGAACUUGUCCUUCAUUGAUGUCUGCUACAUCUCUGUCACCAUCCCUAACUCCAUUGUGAACUCUCUGACCAGCCUCUAUUCUAUCUCCUUCCUGGGCUGUGCCUUGCAGGUCUUCCUUUUAUUUGUCUUUGGAGGCACAGAGUUUGCGCUCCUGCUCGUGAUGUCCUAUGACCGCUACACUGCCAUCUGCCACCCACUGCACUAUGAGACUGUCAUGCACAGGGGCAGCUGUGUGCAGAUGGUCACAGCCUCCUGGCUCUUUGGGGGCCUCUACGGAGCCCUUCACGUGGCAGGUACAUUCUCUGUCCACUUCUGUGAAGCCAGAAGGUUGCCUCAGUUCUUCUGUGAGGCCCCCUCUCUUCUAAAGCUUGCCUGUCCUGGGGAGUCUGCUCUAGAAUAUGGAUUGAUCAUUGCUAGCUGUGGGCUCAUUUUCAUGUGUUUUAUUGUAAUGUGUGUGUCUUAUGUCAACAUUUUUUCUACUGUUCUGAAAAUCCCAGUUUCAAAGGGCAGAGUGAAGUGUCUUUCCACCUGCCUGCCUCACCUUGCUGUGGUGCUGUUGUUUGUCAUUUCUGGGUUUGUCACAUAUUUAGCUGAAAAUGUUACAACUUCUUCAUCCAUGAAAGCACUGACAUCGGUGUUUUACACUGUGUUACCCCCGACCGUGAACCCCAUCAUCUACAGCCUGCGAAACCAGGAUCUGCAGGCUGCAUUGGGGGCCCUGAUAGCUGGGAGUAUGUCUAGACUUUCCAUUUUAAAUAAGAUGUAA